CUGAUUGGAGGUCAGGCUGCGGCUCCUCGUGCUCGUAGAAAUCAAGAAGCCGUACGGCCGCGUGCACGCGCGGGGUAAAUCAUCCACUCGGGCUAUUUAACAUUAACAAGGGAAAAAAAAAAGUCUCCACUCCAACAUUUUGAUGGUGUGCAGCGUCCUGUGGUGAUCACAGAAUUUCUCCCUCUGAAGACUUUAAACUCUCCAGUGCAAUGCAGUACCUUAGGCAUUGCAAAGGCUUCGCCCAUGUUUCAUUUUUUAUAGCUCCAAGGAAGCUGAAGAGCCCCAUUCCUGCAGUAUCUGUGUGGUCAGGUUUUCUUGCUCUGCGUUCGGGGAGCAGUAGCCAAGAUCACCACUACUCCAGGUUCAGAGGAUCAAAGUUCAGAUAUGCGAUAACUGGCCUGGUGGUCGGAACUGGAGCUGCGCUAGCGUAUGGUGUCUAUCACAAUAAGGCUGAGCAAGCAGCGAUUCCGGUGACUCAGUCAAACUCUCUGCCAGUUUACAGCCAGGAAGAAGUGACAGAACGCUGCUCCAUUGAAAAGGGUAUAUGGGUCACAUACAAAGGAGACAUCUAUGAUAUCACUAACUUUGUGGCCAUCCAUCCUGGUGGUGAUAAAAUCCUUCUAGCAGCGGGUAAGGAUUUAGAACCCUUUUGGUCACUUUAUGCCGUUCACGGACAAGAGCAUGUUCUGGAAAUCCUGUCUCAGUACAAAGUUGGAAUUCUUCGACCAGAGGACAGCCAAAAGACGAACAUUAAGUCUGCAGAUCCUUAUUCUACUGACCCUGCUCGUCAUCCUGCUCUCAAUGUGAACAGUUUAAAACCGUUUAAUGGAGAAUCACCACCCGCUAUUCUAACUGAUAAUUAUAUCACACCUUCGGCCAUCUUUUUCAAGCGAAACCACCUUCCUGUUCCCCGCGUGGAUCCUAAAACAUACAGGUUGAGGAUCGAGGGUCUACCUGGCGGGACAGUGUCUCUGAGUUUGAACGAUCUUAAGUCUAAUUUUCCUAAACAUACAGUAAUGGCGACCCUCCAGUGUGCUGGGAACCGGCGUUCUGAGAUGAAUAAAGUGAAGCAGGUGAAAGGUCUGAACUGGGGAAUUGGGGCAAUCAGUAAUGCUACUUGGUCGGGUGCUUAUCUAAGAGAUGUCCUAUAUCAUUACGGGUUUGGUCCAGAGGUGGCAGCUAAAGCACGACAUGUGCAGUUUGAAGGUUUAGAUGUGGAUGUGACAGCUACAGCAUAUGGAGCAUCAAUUCCAAUAAACAAGGCCAUAAGUGAAGAGGGAGAUGUCCUGUUAGCAUACGAAAUGAAUGGAGAGGAGCUCCCAGCGGAUCAUGGCUUCCCAGUCCGUGUCAUUGUUCCUGGAGUUGUUGGAGCCCGCAACGUCAAAUGGCUUGGCAAGAUAAUCAUUAGUGAAGAGGAAAGCCAGAGCCACUGGCAACAGAAUGACUACAAAGGCUUUUCACCAAACACUGAUUGGGACACAGUGGACUUUAAAUCAGCUCCUGCCAUCCAAGAACUUCCUGUUCAGUCAGCCAUCACAAAUCUGGCAGAUGGUUCGUCAGUAGAUCGAGACAUGGAGGAUGUGACUGUUAAAGGUUAUGCCUGGAGCGGCGGAGGAAGGGAGGUGGUGAGGGUAGAUGUCUCGUUGGACGGAGGGAAGACGUGGCACGUGGCCAAACUUCAGAAUGGUGAGAAUGAAGAAACCUCUGCACCUUCUCCUCCACCUGGUCAAGCUUGGGCCUGGAAACUUUGGGAAAUAUCAAUCCCCAUACCAGAUGGAGCUCAGGAGCUGGAGGUUGUUUGCAAAGCAGUUGACAAUAGUUACAAUACCCAGCCAGACUCCAUGGCGUCUAUUUGGAACUUGAGAGGGGUUCUUUGCAACGCUUGGCAUCGAAUCAGGGUGAAUGUAAAAUGAAUGUUUAAAAACCCAAAAUGUAAGUUUACUCAGGAAAACAUGUUUUUCAUACUUUAAAAAGUGUUUAGGUGUUUCAUCAUGACACCAUAAAGGGCUGUUUUAGCCUGAGGUAUUAGCUUCAUGCACUGAGCAUUCUACAAAACAGAAAGAGAUUGAGGCUCUGAGAUCACCAACAUUACAACUUUACAUUACACUGUCCAAAUAAAAAUUGCCAUUUCAGAAGGUUAAAUUUUUUGGGCUGCAGCAAGCAAAGGAAACAACUAAGGAAAUUGAAACUUGGUUAAGAAUUCCUCAACACACUAUCGAAACCUGGAAGUAUAGAGCUGAACUGUCAGCUUUUUAGAAGAACUGUGUGGAGGGUGUUCAAUGGAACACUUAAAGUUGCUGGUUAUGGCACUGUUUAAUGGUAAGUAUUUUCACAUGCACAAUGUUAGGUAAACUCUCAGUAUUGGGACUAAACAGCUAUGAGGCCAUAGGAAUACCACUUGUUAGUGAAUGAAAUCUUUUUCCCACUUAUCUUUGCCAAUUUCUAUUCAUAUGUGCCUGGUCAUGUGAGGAUUUUGCAUACAAUAGUUCCCUUAGACCCUUACAUAAUGGUAAUUACAAACAUAAGCCAAUAUUUAAUUUUCAUUGCAAUAGGUCAUUCGAUCAGUGGAAGCAGGCUGGUUUUGCUUUAAAAGACUUAACAGUUACAGUUCUGUGUUAGUGAUAAAAUGGUUGUGAUUACAUGUUCCAACACCACCAUAUAGGUACUGCUUAAACAAAGCAGCUCUUUGAACAGAAUUCUUAUUAGUUUUGUUAAAUGGCAUUCAACCUUACUUCUAAAUGAUCUAAUACAUUAUGUGCCCCCCCCCCCCCAAAAAAAAAAAAAUAAUAAUA